UCUGUCAAAAAAUGGGUGGUCCAAAUAAUUUGUGUCAUUAUUAUAACACCUUGAUUUAAAAUGUUUAUUGUAUAAACUGAUAUUUUUACAAUUGAUAAAAUAACUACUAAAACAAAUAAGAAAAAUGUCCACAAAUACAAGUCCAUCUCAUUACACAGAAGAUGCAUUUGUGUCCGAUGCUAAUUUUAAAGUAGAAAUAAAUCAGAAAAUGAAAGUACCAGAUAAAAUUAGUUUUAAUUCAGAUUUAAAUGGAGUUCACCGGAAUUCAUGGAUUGGAGAUAAUUUAAGUAUGAAUGUUCCUGAGAGAAUAUUGGUUGCAGGUCAACAUCAGCAUGUUGGUACAAGAGCUCCUCCGCGGGAAAUUGUUUUUGAUAAUUCAUUGCUUCCCUCUGAGCCUUACCCAACAGAUUUACCAAGGGUAGCAACACCUCCUAGAACACUAACUUUAGAUAAAUAUCCUUUUCCCGGAGUACAGAAUUAUGAAGAAGAGCGAGAAGUGGAACAAAGCCUUGUUUUCAAACCUAAUGCCAAAGUACAUAUAAACGAUUCAAGUAUUCAAGUUUCUAAUUCUUUUAGAGAGUCUACUCCUAUUGGGGGUGGUAAUGAGGGUCUGACACCUGCUGAAGAGGUUUUACAUUUACGUAGACAGUUGGCUAAACUUAAUAGAAGAAUUAUGGCAUUAGAAUUGGAAAAUUUAAACAGACUUCAAAAAGAAAAGUUUGUUGUAGGUUUUGGAAUUGCAUAUUUUCUUUUAAAAGUUAUUAUAUGGAUGAACAGAGAUUAAGAUAUGAAUUAAUUAGAAUACUUGCUAUAUUUUCUUUCUAUUUUAAGUUUGACACAAAAAAUUUAUUGACACUGGUAUUGUUUUUGUAAAUCUUAUUUUAGUUAGAAAUUUUUUAAUGUAUAUAGAAUGUUUCAAUAAACUAUCAAAUAUGUA